CUUGGGUUUUUCUAGGGUUUUCAGCUUCCCCUCCCAAAACCCUCCAACUCCGACGUCGGCAAUGGCCCCCGACCUCGUCGCGGACUCGAUAUCCGCCUCCGGACUGACCUCAGAAAAGCUCAACCUUCCGAGCCUUCAAUCCAAAAUGAAAUCUGAUCCUGAAGGCUAUAGUUCGGAGCUAACCUUGAUAUACAAACAAUUUAAGUCAUCUCUCGAGCUGUUCCAGCAGCAAGUUGCGUUGAAUUUCACAUCACUCAGUGGGAUUGCUGCUGACUCCACCGUGGCAAAGGAUUUGGGUGAUCGGGCUAUGUUCUUAGCCCACGUUACUCCGUUUUAUCCGAAAGAAUUAGCUCAGUACCCGAAUGAAUUGGUCAGGUUUCUGGAAUCUUCUGCCCGGAAUUUGCCGUCGGGACUUAGGGUGCAUGUGGCACAAGCUCUGAUUCUUUUGAUUAACCGAAAGAUCAUUGAUAUCAGAGAGACACUUGUAGUAUUCAUGGAGCUUCAGACAUUGGGGGAUAGGGCAUUGAAAAAAUUGGCUUUUUCCCACGUCAUUCAUAGUAUUAGACGCAUGAACCAGAAGCAUAAAAACGAUCCAAUGAAUAGGGCGCUUCAGAAUGUUUUGUUUGGAAUGCUGCAGCAAGAGGAAGAAGCGAAAGCAAAGAGAGCACUUAUUACUCUGUGUGAUCUUCAUCGGAGGAAAGUCUGGUUUGAUGACAGGACGGCAAAUGCUAUAUGCAUGGCAUGUUUUCAUUCUUCAUCAAGGAUCAUGAUUGCUGCCCUAUCUUUUCUUCUUGAUUUUGAGAAGAUUGAAGAUGAUGAUGAUGAUAGUGAUGAUUCCGGCAGUGAAGAUGAGCCAGCUACUGAACAACCUCAAAUAGUAUUGAAUAAAGAAGCGAUCUACAAGGCAAACCACAAAGGCACAACAUCAAGCAAAAAGAAAAAGAAGGCAAAGCUCCAGCGUGUUAUCCGUAGCAUGAAGAAACAGCAGCGAAUAUCAUCUGAGAAAACUAACUCAAACUACUACUCACCACUAAACCAUUUGAAAGAUGCACAGGGAUUUGCUGAAAAGCUGUUUUCUCGCCUGCAAGCUAGCAAUGAAAGGUUUGAGGUAAAAAUGAUGAUUCUUAAAGUUAUUGCCCGAACCGUUGGUCUUCACCACUUGAUUUUGUUAAACUUCUACCCCUACCUUCAGAAAUAUAUCCAGCCACAUCAGAGAGAUGUCACAAAUCUACUUGCAGCAGCUGUUCAGGCCUGCCAUGACAUGGUACCACCUGAUGCAGUUGAACCGUUGUUUAAGCAAAUAGUUAACCAAUUUGUACAUGAUCGAUCACGCCCUGAGGCCAUCUCUGUGGGUUUGAAUGUGGUGCGAGAAAUAUGUUUACGGAUGCCUUUGUUGAUGACCGAGGAUUUGCUGCAAGACCUUGUCUUAUAUAGAAAAUCACAUGAGAAAGCAGUUUCUUCAGCUGCUCGUUCACUUCUUACCCUAUUUAGAGAGGUUUGCCCUUCACUGUUGAUCAAGAAGGAUAGAGGUCGGCCUGCAGACCCAAAGGCCCGACCUAAAGCCUUUGGUGAGGUGCAUGUUGCUAGCGACAUCCCAGGCGUUGAGUUAUUGGAACAAGAUGAUCAUGGUGAUAGCGAUGAGGGCCUAGAUGGGGAGCACUAUGGUUCCUCUACAGAUGAUGAUUGUCAAGAGGAUGAUGGCAUUGGUCUUACUGAAGAGGAUAGCAAUGUUGGAAGUGAUGAUGAUUCUGAAUGUGAAUCUGGUGACUCCAGUGAUUCUGCUCAUGAAAUGGAUGAUGACAGUGGUGGGAGUGCUGAAGAUGAUGAAGUGUCUGAUGAAGACGAUAAUAAUUGCAAUGCUGAUGACGCCAGUGAUGAAGAGAAGAGCGAGGAAGAUGCUGAUGAGGAGAAUGACAAGUCGGGUUUACCGGAAACUGAUGCUGUUAGUGCAACGAAUCCUAAAUCAAAAGCAAAGAAAAGGAAGUUUGCUGAUUUUGAGGGACAGCUGAAUGCAGCCAGUAAAAGUCUUCGUGCUCUGAAGAAAUUAGCUGGAGCUAGCGGGAACACCUCUUCUAACACAGAUGAUGGCAUUCUUUCUAAUGAGGACUUUCAAAGAAUAAAAGAGCUCAAGGCUAAGAAGGAGGCUAGGGCUGCCUUAACUCAGCACGGAUUCAAGGUUCCGAGCUCAGACCAACUUAGCACCAAGAGGGUUGAUGCUGCCAAACUUGAGGCUAACAUAAAGAAGAAGUUAACAAAGGAAGAAAGAUUGGCAUUGAUAAGAGCAGGGAGGGAGGAGAGAGGGAAAUACCAAUCUCGGACUGCUAUGAAGCAGAAGAAGACCGGUGGUUUAAGCAAUCGGCAAAAGGAACACAAGAAAGCUAUGCCACUUGCUGCAAAAAGAGCCAAGAUAGCAAAAACUCGCCAAGAGAAGAAGAAACAACAACGGUCGAGCAAACAAUUCCGUGGACGGAAAGCAUGGAAAUAAUGACCAGCCCAUUGCUCCUGUCUGGCGUUUUAUGUAUUAUCUUUCCUUUCCAAUCGAGUUUAUAAUUUUACUAAUAUUUAGCAAAAGAAAAUCAAAAGGUGAUUGUCAGGUAUUCAACUUUUCUUGUCCUGGUCAGCGGUCUAGGUAUUAUUUCCAUUCUCUUGUAUAUGAUAUCGGCAUGCAUGUCGACUAACCCCAGAAAUUUUAGCACAGGCAUCUUUGAUACAACACAAGUCAAAAUGCUUAGAGGUUUAUUCAACUUUUAUUGGAUUAAUAUUUUGGUUAAA